AAUCCAAAAAAAAGACUGAUUAUGAAAGUGAACUAAUUUAAUUAGUUGCAUAUUGCACUUAAAACUGUUGCGUGGAAUAUUCUUUAGAGAAUGAAAAAAAAAAUAUUGAUUUAUGUGUGGUAACAUCUUUACUUUUAGAUACAGGGGGAUAAAAGUCAACACUCAACAGCUGAUGAUUUGCUUUGUAUGCUUGGUUUUAUUUACCUCUUGCAACAUUUUGUCCUGACUCAUUGCUGGGAACAAACGUACUUGACGCUGCAUAAAACCAAGUCCAGGAGCAAAACAGAGGGAGUUCUACUUUGCCCUUCAGUGUUUAAAGAUGAACUUGUGGCUGCUCCUGGCAUUCACUGCACUGGCUGAAUGCCGUUACCAAAAAAGAGGCGCCCUCUCCUGCCCGAAUCUGUGCUCCUGCUUUUCGGGUGCAGAGGUGGUGUGCAGCCAAAGCUCCCUUACACAUUUCCCCAUAGAUGGUUUAUCUCCCGAUACCAGUCGACUCUCCAUCCAAUCCACCCGUCUCAGCAAUGUUACAGCCAGUCAUUUGAGUGUUGUGCCUCUUUUGAACAGCCUCCAGCUGUAUCACAACAACCUGACAAGCCUACCUUCAGAUCUACUGAAGGGUGUUCCUCACUUAAACAUAUUGGAUCUCACGGGCAAUCAGCUGGUUCUUCUGCCUCCAAACGUCUUCAGCCAUGCCUCCCUCCAUAGUCUGGUGCUGAAGAAAAAUCGGAUUGAAAAAGUGGAUGCUGAGUGGUUUUCUGUCAACAGCAGCCUGACCUGGCUGGACUUGUCUGGGAACCGUUUAACUGGCAUCCCAUCUGCUCUGCUUCAGAAGCUGCCCCAUCUCGAGAACCUAGACUUGAGUCAUAACAAUCUGCAAGAGCUACAACCUGAUGCCCUGGAGACCCUGCACCGCCUGGAGACGCUGAACCUCGCUGGGAACAAAUUAAUCUCCCUGAAACCUACAACUUUCACCCACAACCUGAAACUUUCCCAGCUAUUUCUGCAGGAGAAUCAGCUCCGAGACCUGCCAGCAACCCUCCUCCAGGGUCUCCAACACCUUGAACUUCUGCUGCUGAAUCAGAAUCAGCUGCAGUAUCUCCCCUCAGGCUUUUUGGAGGAGAGGGAGUCUUCUUUACGGAUGAUCUUAACAGGAAACCCCUGGGUGUGUGAUGAGAGGAUGGAGUUUCUAAAGAAGUGGCUCGCUGUCCAUCGUGAAAAUGUCAUCUUUCUGGAGGAAGUGACUUGUGCAGGGCCUGAAGCUCUCAAACAACGUCAAGUGGUCUCUUUAACUGACAGCGAGCUGGGUCUUGUAAAAUCAGACAAGAUUACAAAUUAGUAAAAACAAAAUGGAUUUUGUUCCAUAUCAUUCAUCAUUUUAAAUUUCAUGAAGUUACCAUUGCAUCAUAUCCUGAAAUAAAACUUCUUUAUGAUCUCUCCUUGA